AUGGCGGCUCGUGAUCAGUUUCUUGGACUCAAUGAAGAAGAAGAAAUUGUGGCAAAAAAUCUAGCUGCAAGAGUGCUUCUUUCGAGUGUUACAUACCCUCUCACAUGUGUGAGGACACUUAACCAGCUGGGAUACGAACCGUUCCCAUUAUCAACCGGAAAAACGCUCAUCGUUGCUGGUCGUAAUGCCUAUUUUCUUCCCAACGUGUUCAGUUAUGCUAAUCAACUGGCACACGCUCGCGGAUUGGGGGUGUUGUUCACUGGCAUUGAUUCCGCCGUGUGCUCUCUCAUUCUUCAGGGAAUCACGUCCUAUAAAACAAAAAAGUACAUCGACACGUACUAUCCUGAGAUUGGAGGCAAACCAGAAAACGAAAAUCUUGACGAGAAGGAUCUGACGGAUCACCAAUCAUUUAAACGUCAUUUGCGUGGUGCGAUACGUGAAUCUGUUGUACGUGUAGUAACAGUCACUGUUGCAAGACCAUUGACAGGUUGGUCUUGUAUUAAAAGUCAAAUACUGAUCCAAGGCUAA